UUCCAUUUUCUCCUUUUCUGUUUCACACUGAAAUAAAAAUGAUGAUGGGACGUAUAAAAAGGUGAGAAACUACAAUAUGAAUAAUCAAAUCCAACUUGUUGCUUGUGACUUGUGACUUAACAUAAGAUAAGAACUCAUCCUUUCUUUCUCUCUCAGACACACGACCCACACACACACACACACACACACACACACACACACACAAAGAUUCACAAGCAAAAUCAAGACUAAAAUCUAAAGAACGUCCUGACAUAAUUACACGAUCAAAAAUGGAGGGAGCGGCGAUGGCAGCGGCGAGUUCCUCAUCAUCACCAAGCCGCUACGAGUUGCAAAAGAGACGAGACUGGAACACUUUCCUUCAGUAUCUAAAGAACCACAAGCCACCUUUAACCCUGUCUCGUUGCAGUGGCGCACACGUCAUCGAGUUCCUUAAGUACCUCGACCAGUUUGGUAAGACCAAAGUCCACGUCGCGGCUUGUCCCUUCUUCGGAGUACCGUACCCACCGGCUCAGUGCACUUGCCCUCUCAGGCAGGCUUGGGGAAGCCUCGACUCUCUCAUCGGCCGUCUAAGGGCUGCGUUCGAGGAGAUCGGCGGUGGUCUUCCAGAGUCAAACCCUUUAGCUGCCAAAGCGAUUAGGAUCUAUCUUAAAGAAGUACGUGAAACUCAGGCUAAGGCUCGAGGGAUUCCCUACGACAAGAAGAAACGGAAACGACCUCGUACAGCUAAGGCAGCUCAAAAUCCCCAUGAUGGAUCGAGUGGUGGAGAAGGUGCCGGUGGAAGUGGUGAUUCUGCUUUGGUUGUUUCUGCAACUGUGGUAUAGUCCAAAUAUAAGAUGCUAAUUCUAAAUAUAAGAAAACUUUGGUAUAGUAAUUCUCUGGUGUUCUUUACUUUAUAAAUUUUAUAUGUUGUGUAGUCGUUUAUUUGAGUUGUAGAAUGCAAUUAUAAAUGGAAAAAGACGGAUCAUAGAUUAUUAUAACAUGGAUCUUAUUAUGUUUAGU